GUGCAAAGUGUCUGCAAAUGAAAAUUUCUAUCUCAUAUUUGGUUUGUGAUUGGUUUAUACAUGCCAGCAAAAUAAUCUGACCUAAUUGUGCUCGGUUCGGACCACUUUAUCAUAUAGCCGCAAUUCAACUUAUAUUCCAAUCAAAAAUGAACUUCUUACUCGCUCUUCACUGUAGCUGAAUCGCGGUGACUUGUUAUCUCGGUACAAGAAGAGGUAGUGCGAGAGAGGGAGAGAGGAUGAGAGGCAAGGCAGUGCCAAGCUACACGCGACGACUUCAUUCAAAUUUCAGCACUCGGCCGCACGCGUUUUCGUCGUCGCUCAAACGUUUUCGCUUCCUUUCAAGUUUGCUUGCAAGUCAAAUCAGAAAUUCAACAAAAAAAACAAACACAAUUUGCAUUUAUCAAGUGUGCGAGCUAUGAUGUAUUUCGAUUUUGUGCCAAUCGCCGUGGGAGUGGUAGCCGUCGUAGCCGGCGCUCUGAUCGUCCACUAUUUCCUGAACAAGAAGUCUACUAAGCCGCGCCGGGAGCCGAACCGUACUGCCCGCCUCCGCACCCUGGUGGACCCCAAUGACAAGUAUCUGCUGCCGCUGGUCGAGAAGGAGGUGCUUAGCGUUGACACACGUCGCUUCCGCUUCGGCCUGCCCUCCAAGCAGCACGUUCUGGGCCUGCCAGUGGGCCAGCACAUCCACCUGAUUGCGACCAUUGACAAUGAGCUGAUCAUCCGUCCCUACACGCCCAUCUCGUCUGACGACGACGUCGGCUACGUCGAUCUGGUAGUCAAGGUGUACUUCAAGGACACGCAUCCCAAGUUCCCCGGCGGCGGCAAGAUGACCCAGCAUCUGGAAAAAAUGGAGCUGGGCGACAAGAUCUCGUUCCGCGGACCGUCCGGCCGCCUGCAGUACCUGGGCAACGGCACCUUCUCUAUCAAGAAACUGCGCAAGGACCCGCCCAAGCACGUGACCGCCAAGCGGGUCAACAUGAUUGCCGGCGGCACAGGCAUCACUCCCAUGUUGCAGCUGGUCCGAGAAGUGCUGAAGCGCAACGACAAGGACAAGACCGAAAUGGCCCUGCUGUUUGCCAACCAGAGCGAAAAGGAUAUUCUACUGCGCGGGGAGCUGGACGAACUGGCCCAGAAGCACCCCGGCCAAUUCAAGGUCUGGUACACCGUGGACAAGGCGGCCGAAGGCUGGGCCUAUAGCGAGGGUUUCAUCAACGAGGACAUGAUCGCCGGACAUCUGCUGCCGGCCAGCGACGACACCAUCGUGUUGCUCUGCGGCCCACCGCCCAUGAUCAAUUUUGCCUGCAAUCCAGCGCUGGACAAGCUCAACUUCCACCCGGACACCCGAUUCGCCUACUAGAGGGGAGCGCCCAGCUUCCUUGGAGCCUUCCUGCCAAAAUGGCAGGGCUAACUUGCGUUGGAGAAAGAAUUUGCAUUUCGGUUUUGUCAUUUUCAUGUUAACAUGUCGCCUAACACCACCUCAUCGAACUCUGCAUCCAAGCGCCUGCAUCCGGUCCCAGAAGUCGGGAUCGAUGCGAUCGAUGAACCCAAAGCAAAUGUGUAACAUGUAACACCAUCCGUGCUAAUUGUUGUAGCUCUUUUUUAUUAUUUGUGAAUAAAAACAAGUGUUAACAAAAG